AUGAACUUGACGCAGAACGCGAGAAAAGUAGCCUUGCUUCACCAACAAGGUUCUCAACAAGCAGAGUUGUUGAGAGAACAAGGUGCUCAACAGUUUGAACUGUUGAGACAGCAGCAGGCUGCUGCUGGCGGGUCGAUGCACUCGCGUCGGCCCGAGACUUUGAAGAUUGACAUCUCAAAGUAUAGAGGGGUCGAAGAAGACUCCCUCUUGAGAUGGUUCGUCGAAUUGGACGACGCUAUAAGGGCGCGUCGCAUCGACGACGGGGAUAUGCAAGUUGCAUUUGCCCAAUCAAAUCUGGCAGGACGUGCCAAGACUUGGGCACUGGGGCUCAAGCUGCACGACCCAUAUGCGUUUGGGUCGUUGGAAGUCUUCAAGUCGCGGCUCAGACAAACGUUUGAACCGCCUAGAGCUGAGUUCAGAGCUCGAACCGAACUCUUGAAGCUCAAGCAGGGUAAGCGUGAUGUGCACGCUUACGCUCAACAUAUACGACAUCUCACGAGUUGUAUAAGUUCCAAUCCGGUGGAUGAACACACGUUGGUUUCGGUGUUCAUGCAGGGUCUUGCGGAUGGUCCCGUCAAGACUCACCUGUUCCGGCUUGAACUAGAUUCACUAGAACAAGCCAUUUCAAUUGCGGAGCAGGAAGACUUCAGUCUGAGACAGGCUCGCGCCAGCUCGACAUCAUAUCGUCAACCGAGACGAUAUGACAACGGAGGUCCAGAGCCGAUGGAACUCUUGUUAUGUAGAGAGCGAGAAGGCUCGCUCUACAGGCUACAAGAAGUUGCAGAGAUGCAACAGAUGUCAAAAGACAGGACACUACGCUUACGAGUGUAG